AUGUCCACAACAUUAAGUAUAUAUUUGUCUGCUUGUCCGGAUGUUUAUCCAGAUGUCCAAAGUCGAAAUACCGGUGAUCUCGAGAUGAACUCGCCGAGAUCGGAAGAAGAAGAAGUGACCACAACGAACACAUCUGACGAUGAAACCGACGAGGACCCAAUGAUUUACACGUCCACGUCAAUGAGAGAAAUGGGAAGAGAGAAUAUCGAGAUAGUGGAACAAGGAAUGCAUCACGCACUCGCUUGUGAACUCCCAUUAGAGUCGUGUUGCAUGUUGUGUACUAAGAUGAAAUGCGUCUUGACACAUAUCAAUUGCUGUCUUCGACGACGUCUGAAAGGAUGCGACGUAUGUAGUACGGUAAUCUCGAUUGUAGUUUUCCACGCGAGAGUUUGUCAGGUUCAAGUGUGCAGAAUACCGUUUUGUCAUGAUAUUCGAGCGGCCAUGCUGACCUACCCACCCAGCUCGUAUCACUUGGUUGAUUUGGAUCACUUGAUUCAUCGAGUCAUUACGAGACUUCAAGAUAUGGCUCCAGCUAAAAAUCAAUCAGAAGAUGAAGAUGGAGAAGCGAAAGUGGCUGAAGAGGAGGAGGAGAUCGAAUGGAAUCCGUACGAGAUGGAUCAGGUGGCCGAGAUUUCUUCGACCACAGAUAACUAG